CAAAUUGCCAGUAUGACCUGCGCCGACGUCGCGGGAGGUGGCCAUUCUCUGCUCGCUCAUUAUACUCUGGAAUGACCCUGCAUCGCUGACGCUAGAAUACUUGAACUAUUCUGCUCGUUUGAUACUCUAAGAACCGUUUUAUUUCCAUUCAGCUCUUCUUGAUGCCUCCCAAGAGCAAGAGCCGAGAAGCCAUAACUGCGAUGGCCCUCGGUAGACCGUUCUCACCACUGCCUUCAGGACGCAAGAAUGAGUUUUUUGCGCCGAAAAUUGUGACCGUGAUUUUUGGGGCAUUUUUUCUAAGCUCUCUAGCACCAAAUCUCCCUUCUACCGCAGCCAACCCCACUGAAUCCACAACUACCCUCCCCGAAGUCCCUUCUCCAUCGACUGCGGAAAUUUUGAGGCAUCAUCAUCAUCCAGAGGCAUCAUCAUCAGAGGCACCCACAGCCGAGACCAAGAUCGAUGUUCGACUCCCAAAAUCGAUCGUUCCGCUCAAAUACGUUAUCCGGCUACAGCCUCUGAUCAACGGUAACUUCUCUAUCAUGGGCUCGGUUGAGAUCACCAUGAAGGUCUUGGAACCCACCCAGAACGUGUCCCUGCACAUGGCCGACAUCAUCAGCAAAAACGAGACCAUCAAGUUGAAAAUGUCUGACGACCCAUCGGCCUCGCCAUUAAAAAUCACGGAACACAAGUACGAUGCUGACCGAGAAUUCUACAUCGCAAUGUUGGAUCAGGAGCUUGUCAAGGAUAGGAAGUAUGUACUUUCCAUGAACUUCGAAGGCUACCUCAACGAUCAACUCAAAGGCUUCUACCGCUCCCAGUACACCGAUAAAAGUGGACAGAAGAAAAUGAUAGCGACAACUCAGUUCCAGCCUACGGAUGCCCGGCGCGCGUUUCCGUGUUUCGACGAGCCUGCACUCAAAGCCGAGUUCGAAAUUUUCAUUGCUCGGCAAACCAACAUGUCCGCCCUCUCGAACAUGCCAAGAAUAAACACCUCGCUCAUCCCUGAUCAGCCAGGCUGGGUGUGGGAUCACUUCAACUCAUCGGUUCCCAUGUCCACGUACUUGGUCGCCUUCGUCGUCUCCGAUUUCUCGCACAUCAACUCCACAGCUAACAAAAACACACUAUUCAGAGUCUGGGCACGCCAAGAGGCCAUCGAUCAAGCCGAGUACGCGAAAGCGAUCGGCCCCGACGUCACGACUUAUUUCGAAGACUAUUUCUCCAUCCCGUUCCCGCUGCCCAAGCAGGACAUGAUUGCGCUACCUGAUUUUUCUGCCGGUGCCAUGGAGAACUGGGGCCUCAUCACAUACAGGGAAACAGCUUUGCUUUACGAUCCUGCGGUGUCAUCUGCGUCCAACAAACAAAGAGUUGCUGCAGUCGUGGCCCACGAGCUCGCCCACCAGUGGUUCGGAGACCUGGUCACACCGUCUUGGUGGACCGACCUCUGGCUCAACGAGGGCUUCGCUUCCUACCUUGAAAACUUAGGAGUUGAUGCAGUUGAGCCCACCUGGAAGAUGAUGGAGCAGUUCCUGGUUGACGACCUCCACUCGGUCUUCGCGCUGGACUGCCUCGAGUCCUCGCAUCCCAUCAGCAUCCCCGUCGGCCACCCCGAUGAAAUCAGUGCCAUAUUCGACAAGAUUUCGUACAACAAAGGUGCUUCCAUCAUCCGGAUGAUGAAUCAUUUCCUGAGUGAGCCCACCUUGCGGCAGGGCUUGACGAAUUACCUCAAUCACUUCAAGUACAAGAGCGCAGAGCAGGACGACUUGUGGCGCUUCCUGACGGAGCAGGCGCAUCAGGACAAGAACUUGCCUCAGGACCUGACCGUUAAGGACAUCAUGGACACCUGGACGCUGCAGAUGGGCUACCCCCUCAUAACUGUCACGGUCAAAGGCGAUGGCUCUGCUAUGCUGUCACAGGAACGUUUCCUGUGUGUGAAGAACGAAAACUCGACCGACACUCACGACUACAGAUGGUGGGUCCCUAUUUCCUUCACCUCUGAAGACGCGAUGAACUUCAACGAUACGCGUCCGUCAGUCUGGAUGAACAAAACCGAAGCCACUAAAACUAUCUCCAGCCUUCCUACAUCACCGGACAAGUGGGUCAUCGUGAACCUCCAACAAACUGGUUAUUACAAAGUCAACUAUGAUAUUAACAAUUGGCAGCAAAUUAUCCGGCAGUUGAAGGCUGAUCACACGAAGAUUGACGUGAGCAAUCGCGCUCAGAUACUAGACGACGCACUGGACUUGGCACGCUGUGGAGUCCUGAGUUACGACGUAGCCAUGGACGUAUUGUCCUACCUCGAUAAGGAGACAGAGUACGUGCCUUGGAAAACUGCACUCAACAACUUGGGAUACGUCAAGAAUAUGCUCAGCAGAACUGCUGCUUACGGUGCAUUCAAGCGCUACCUGAUCUCUCUUCUGGAACCUCUUUACAAGAAAGUUGGCUUUGCUGAUAAUCUCAACGAUCCUCACCUGGAUCAACUCAUUCGUGUUCAAGCUGUCUCGUGGAUGUGUUCUCGUAAAUAUAAAGACUGCGUCUCUCAGGCUGUCAGUCUCUUCAAGCGCUGGAUGGAACAACCAGAUAACAAGAGCAUCGUUUCGCCAAACUUGAAGUCUACAGUUUACUGCGCGGCCAUCGCCGAAGGUGGUGAGGCCGAAUGGCGUUUCCUUUGGUCGCAAUACCUCGUCUCGAAUGUCGCCUCUGAAAAAGCCACAUUUAUGUAUGCCCUCGGAUGCUCGAAGGAAGUCUGGAUUCUUUCAAAAUAUCUGGAAGAUGCGUUCACCGCUGGAGGCGACAUACGCAAGCAGGAUGUCUCCAGAGUCUUCUUGUCCAUCGCUGAUAACGAACAUGGCCAGGACUUCGCUUGGAAUUACCUAAGGAAUAAUUGGAAGGCCAUUAACAAAUAUUUCGGCUCUGGAUUCUCCACACCUGGUCGACUUGUUGAGUACGCGACCAGCAAGUUCAACUCGGAGCUCAUGCUGCAGGAGAUGGUUCGAUUACGCGACGCGAACUUGGACGACCUGAAGAGCGGCAAGCGCACCGUCGACCAGAGUAUCGAGAGAACAAAGAACAACAUCGCUUGGAUGGACGCUCACUAUGAAGACAUUAGCAAGUGGCUCAACAACAAGGGAUACGAUACACUCUAAACGAACUGCUAUGUGAUUUCUGUCUCUCUACUGACAAGGAUUUAAUGAUCCUUUUCUUAGGUUUGAUAAAAAAGUUACUAGUUUGUACUCUGAUUUAUUAUAUUGCACCAAACGAAAGGAAUUAAAGAUCUAUUGCCUUGGCACUGAAAUUCUGAAAUUCUAUAUGAAUACUCCGUAUAAUAGAGCUUUUCAACAUUUAAUUAGAUACGACAUUGAAAUAAUAAUCGCAUUAAACUGAGCCUGCAGCCCGAUGAAUAUAAGGGUAAAAAUUAUUCUAAUUUGUAAUGACGGAUACUUCACAUAAGUACGUGUUCCAUUGUUAUAUAAAUGUGAAAUAUUUGGAUAGAAACUUGCGUAACGCAUAAGAAUCAAACUUGAAUAACUUGAACAAAUCUGCCACCUUAUUUUGAUUUAUUCUUCAUGAUUGCAUACCAGGCUAAAAUAGCAAACACGGUAUAGUCUUAGCGGGUUGUAAGGUAUAAACUUAAGGUUCAGAUUGAGAACCACGAGCCCUCAGACAGGAUCGGCCAUUAUCCGAUGGUAUUCUAUCACUAAGUUAUUUCAAUAUAUACACUCGUAAAUGAGAUGUCAAUAUGAAUUUUUUCAUGCUUAUCCAGCUAUCCAUUUUCAACGUCUGUAUAAUACCCCAAAAGAAUAAAACUGUGUACAACAUCAGUUAUAAUAGAGGAAAAUGUUGUACAUCGUUGUUCAUCAUACCUGCGACUUACCUAAAUUUGUGAGAUAUAAGGAGAUACUUGUAUUCAUUCUCUAUUGAUCGGCAUUAAAUACAUAUUUAAACCAACCUCCA